GGCGAUGCUAAAUGCUAAAGCUCAGGACCAUACAGACAACAGACAGGACGCACGGCGCGGUAAGUAGACUCGCGGAAUCAAAACUUUUUUUCUCUGCAGAUUCCUGGAGGGUCUAAUUAUUUAAAGGGGUGAUUUUUAAACCAAGAGUUCAGACACUAAUAAUGUCAAUCCAAAGUCAGUGCAAAAUAAGGUGGAUAACUUAAGUGCAAUUAUCAGUCACUUUCAGCUCUGACUGAUCACAUGUAAUAGCGUCAUUUUAAAAUAAACUGGUGUAAAACUGUACUGUAAAACACAGCUUUGUAGACACAUUUCAGAUAUUACACUGCACUGAGUGCAAACUUCACUGCAUCACAAUUUCUCUGACUCCUACACAAUAAGAGCCUCCUGAUAUUAUGCACAUUUCGUCACCUGUUCUCAAAGGUUAGGGAGUGAACACUCCCUAACAGUAAAUUAGAUAUACUGACAUGUAGCCUCAUACCUUUUUUUUUUUUUUUCAGACAAAUUUUAACAAAAAAAUAAAUUUGGUUGUCUGUGUGCAGCAUUACUGGGGAUCUCCCAGGUGUAGACUUACCAUUUGAAUCCAAUUUGGGGUGGCAGCGCCAGUACAAACAUUAAAUGAUAGUUCACAGAGAGGUAAAUGCAAUUGUACUUAAUGACUAUUGUUUAAACCAGCAGAACAUAACAGAAAGCGAGAGCUAAAGCUCUAAGAGAGGUUUUUAAAUGAUUAUGAAAAAAACUAAUGAUGACUCAUUUGGACCGUUAACAGUUUUAACUCCAAAGCCUGUCAGUUCUGCAACAGAAAAGACAAGACAGUUUACAACACGAUGAAGGAAAACCCAUUUUUAUUGACUUUAUUCAUGUGGAGUAAUAAAACUGACUGUCAAAAGAAAGCAGUACAAAGUUUUUGGUCAGAAAACAAAUAAUUUAUUUGUGCGGGUGGAGAUCAGCACGGACUUAAGAAGUAUCCCUUUGUCCACAGGGGGCGCUAAAAUCCCAAACUACAAGUCUCCUCACAGAAGCUUUCACUAAAUUUACUGAAUAAGAACAAAAAUACACCUAUACGAAAUAAUAUUUUGCUAACACCAUAUUGUAAUUAUUCACUAUAUUUACACAGCUUACUUAACUCAUACAAUAUUACAGCUGUCUGCAGAUAUUUAGACAGCAAGAAUAUACAAUAUACCCUUCUGUGCAGUAUUGGAAAAUGGUAUUAUGAUUAUCUUACAACAGAAAAAGUCAAGACAGCACCAAACUUUUUCAAUACAUGAAAACUAUAUUCCUGUAAUGUAAUGUUUGUGAUAAUGAUUCCAUUAAAUUUCUGUUUAGUCUGAUUUAAAAGUUAGUCAUCAGAAGGUAACUGAUUAACCCCAGUCAUUGCUUUAUGGCUUACAUUUAGCACAUUUUGUCAUUGAUGUGGUCAGUUUUAGGGCCAUUAUCUCAGUCAUUUACUGAUGACCUGUGUUCCCUGGUUAAUGGUAACAGCAGUUUCACUUUUCAGGAGUUUCCCUAUGGUUGCUUUCUUAAUUUCCUAAUGGUCCAGAGCAUGAAACUGUUGUUCUCCGUAACCAGGAAGCACACAACCCAUCUGAGGACAGCCUUGUGAUACCACUGUACAAAAGGCCCGACAAACAGAAAUAUAUUUCAGUUCUUCAGGGUUUUUCAUCAUGCGUGGUGCAUAACUUGGGAUAUUUUGAUGCCUGUAGAACCUCAGUCAGAUACUUUUUCCAGAUAUAACUGAUAUUAGCUAAACAUCAAUGAAAUAUCUUUACAUUCCCCAUGCCAUAACUGUCAAUAUAUUGAUUCAGUAUUUGAGAAGAAUAUGACCAAAUCUGCAGAAUGGUCUGCACUGAACAGUUUAGUAAGUAAUAUAGUUAUGUCUUUGAUUUAGUUUUAUCCUCAUGUCUAUGGCAAUUCAGAAGCAGUUUUUACGAUGCCACAUCACUUUUGACUAGUCCAUCGAACUGUCAGAGAGUUUGUUGAAGUGAUGUGCCAUUCAAGAGAGAAAUGGUGUUGUUACCACAGAGUAAUCCAAAGCUUUGCAGCAUUGUCUAAAAGUAAUAUUCCUCUCUAAUAUCAGAGCUUGUUAAAGACCCCAGACACCUCAUCAGGUACGCUCUUUGUACGUCUGCAGCUCUAAUCAGCCUCCCUUUAUUAAUAUUGAUAUGCUGUUUAUUUUUUGCCAGUGAUUUUAACCUACCGAGUAGAGGUUGUGUUAGGUUCCUGCUCAACUGCACUCUCCACACUCCACUCCUGUGCACAGACCUUGUCAAGGUUAAACUCCUGCAGUUGACACAUUGUUUUCCAUUGCAAUUCCCCGCUGCUCUUCUAUCUUGCUCUGGUCUUUUACAGAUUAAGGCAGUUGUAUUAUAAGACACAGAAUUAAGCCUGCAGUGUCCUAAAGAUAUAGCCCAAUUCACUGCUCUUAAUUUUGCAAUUCCAUCACCCCGCUGCUGCAAAGCCCUGCUUCUCCAUCAAAACCAUUAAGGGCGUUGAAGCCUGGAGUAUCAUCAACAAUGACAGGUAAAUAUUUAGGCUGUCUCACUGGAGCAAAUAAGCCACCCAAGGUCAAAUGACUGCGUUUGCCCAUUCCAGCCUUGCUACAUUGGUCUGUAGGUCUCAGCAGAAACAAUGUACACAAAUCCGAAGCAGAGACAGAGACUGACGGUUUUUGCACUGACUUGCAAAGAGAAAAUGUCGGCUUAAGACUGAAGCAUACGAUAAGGGAGAUAAUGUACCAUUUAGAAUAUUUAGAUAAAGAAAUAUCAAGAGAUGUUCUUCUUUGCAGCAUCACUUUAUAUCAAUACCUGCAUCAAAAACAGUCAGUGCAUCAGGGGAGCAAACAAAUGCAUCUCAAAGAAAAAAAGGUCAAGUUUGCCUAUUUACCGCUCAAGAAAUCAUCCCAUCUUCAACAACAACUGACUUCCAAAUGUGUCAUUUAUCAUACAAUCUGUCAUACUGAAGCAAUGCUCGGCUAAGAAAGGGGAAAAAAAUCAUAAUUGGAGUUUUUAUCUUUUCCAUUAUUUCCUUCCACUCCCUCUGUCAACAACAUCAAAACGCCUUUUUGAGUCUGGUUGAGAGAGAAGCUGCAGGCCGAUGGGCGGCAGCGGCGGCCUCAGAGAUAGACUCAGUUGGAUAAGAAGUAAGUGAGUUCUUUGCUUUUGUGUCAACAAGAGACUUUAUGGCUUUGAAGUAAUAAAUCAUAAAAAAAACUACUCUCUUCCUAAACAUUUACAGAUAAGAGAGUUAGGAAUCAAAUCAAUUUAGUUUCUGUGCACAAGGUCCCAGCGUGGCCUGCAAACAGUUUAAGUAUCAAAACCAUCUCAACGUGAAGACACUGUAAAUGGGUUAGUGUGGAGGGGAAGAGAGGGGAUGUCAUCCUUCAAAAAGUGUAACAGUCGGACUGAGAAGAAUCAUCACGGUAAAAUAUGAAUGAGGAAUUAGCAGCACUGAGGGGGUGAAUCACCAAAAAAGCAAAUAAGUAGAAAUCAAUUAAAUUUUGGGACUCUUUCAAUAAAUCAUUUCAUCCGAGCAAAGAGAACACUUUUAUUAUCAUGUUUUGGCAGAAUUAUGAGAACUAUUAACUGUAAAGACACGGCACAAAAGCUCAAUAAUAUACACAAAAUUGUACUUUCUAUGUAAUGAUCAGGCACUGAGGCAAUGCUAAGUUUAGUAUCUGUUCCUCAAUCAUUUUUAUUGCAAGCAAAUAGUGUACUUUGUCAGUAUAUAGCAUUUAGUUUCCCCCAAGACAUUCAUUCCCAAAACAUAAAAGAGCAUUUAUAUGAGAAAAGAAUAAAGUCUGCAGCUCCUUUUGUCUCCAGCUGCCAGACUCAUUUUUUACUAUUUUCCCUGCAGGAAGUCAUCAGACUUCACAAACUGUCUCCGAAAUGGUGCAGUUGGUGUUCAUCGGAAACUUUUUUGUUGCUUUAAUUUAUUUAUGUGGUACAGUAAUUAAGAUCAUAGAGGGAAAAAGAGCUUUAACACGCAAAUUGUUCUGGAAAAACUAAAGAGGACGCCAUGUUUAAGGCAAUGAUUAUAAUUUAUAGGACAUGUGAGGGGAGUGCUCCAAGCUAAGUAACAGUGUUAGAGAUGUUAGAUUUAGGUCUUAUUUUUAAUCUAGUUUUGGCCGUUUUCUUUUUUUUUUUUAAGUUAAUUUGGGGCUUUUACUCUUUUAUGUAGAGGACUGGACAGUGGAUAGAGAGGGGAACUGAGAAUAAAAGUGGGUAAUGACAUGCAGUAGAGGGCCUAAAGGCUGGUGUCACACUGUCCAUUCGGAGGACUCUGUACACAGGGUGCUUGAUUUAACCUUUGCUCCUUUCUAUUAAAGCCUCAGAAAGUAGUUUUUUAUGUUAUCAAAAUGGACUAAAAUUGAUAUUGAUGCCUAUGCAUGACAUUUAAAAGUGAACAAGACCAUCAGAAACAGGACUGACACUUAUUAUGAGUUCAUUUUUUAUAUGUUUAAUUCGUGCACAGGAGUAGGUGAAGCAACAGCUCUGUUUUUUUAAUCUUCCAUGUAAAAUACUCACAAUCAAUGAUACACUUGACUGUCAGAGGUUAAAGGGAUAAUGUUUUGGUCAAAAAUCACUACUUUAGAAUGUAGGGGACAACAUAUGCAAAGACUUCUUUUGACCACAGGGGGCGCCAAAAUUGACACAAACCAAAAGUGCCUUGUAAGCACAUGCAGCUAUCCCUGAAGGAUUUAACAGCAGCAUAUUUAGAGAUCAGGGAUGGUGGACAAAUAGUAUGAGGCCCAUGAAAACUGGAAGUUGUGAAGUCGAAGUCAAUGCUACUGCUAAAUUAACACAGAGACAUUGUGAGAGUUGUAGUUUUUAUGUUACAGGGUGUGAUACAAACAGAUGAACUUCAGAAUGGCUGAGAAAAUUGAAAGUUUUGGAAUAACAGAUUGAACUGGAAACACUUUUUAUCAAUCCAUCACUUAUAAUGCAUUAUAACGAAAAAUAUAUAUUGCUCUUUAAAUGCAUUAAUAAGGCUUCAUGACAAUUUUUAUAAGUGAUUUUACUCACUGUUUGAAACACAUAAUAAACACUGUUAUAAGCUGUGAUGAAUGCCUAUACCCACUCAGACUGUUAUUACCCUGACAAAUGCAUUUAUACAGCUUUAUAAAUAUGCAUUAUCAGUGUUGGGUUCAUAUAAAGUGUUGACGCUGGACUCUGUACUCUCUAGCACGUUAGUUCUUUCCCCACUGGCAGGUAAAUAGAUGAUAUCCAACCCCAGCCUGCAGGUGAACAUCAUACCUGUAGUUUUCUUGAGCAGUUCACAGGUGCAUGGUAGAAACGAGCAAAAAAUGAGAAUCAAAAGACAACUAAGGUACGUUAUGAACUGGUCAUAGCUGCAGCCUGAGGUUUGUACAACUGGUCUCCAACCUAACCUUUAAACAUCUAAAUCAAGCUGCAACUAAAUCGGAUCCUGCAGGUCUGUGCACCGCAAAGGAAUAUCUGCUCUGCACUGUAAAAUAGUUCUGUUGCAUUUGAUUGCAGAAACAAUAAAACCGAAACACACUUGAUGUUUGAUGUGCGUUAAAAGAAAAACAACUUUGCAUGCAGAGCAGUUUCCUCCUGCCUGAGGGAUAAAAUGAAAUAAAAUGUCCUACUGUUGUGUGUAAUCAAAGACAGCUUAAGCAUUAAACUUAGUCUGCAGGGAAUCAUAUUGAAAGAAAAGAUCUGACAAUUCUGAGUACUGGCUGUUUUAGAGAGGACAUAAGGAAUCAAUUUACCCUGGAGGAGGACCUCUAUACUGUAAUCUUACAUUUUGAAUGUCACUCUUUUAAUGAAUUUAACAAGCGUCUCACCAAGAUUUUAUCCCAUUGCUAAUCAAUUCAAGCAAACUGUUUCUGGGAUUUAACUCUAAAGGAUAUUUUAUUUCUGCAUGUCUGCCAAUUUGAACCUCCCUAUUAACUAAGAGCACCUUGGAAACAUCCACCCCAAACAGUCAGGUUUGUAGCUUCAGCUGAGGCAUUUCGAUGUCCUCAUUAUAUCCUCUGAAAUGUUCAGAAUCCAAAGAAAACAAAAAACGGAGUCCCUCCUUCUCCUUGAUUGUUUUAGCUGAUCACUUUGGACUUUCCUAAUGCCCGUUCCACCACAUAGUCCGUGAAUCUGGAGUGAAAUUAAUAUUUCAAAACUUGUGACAGGGCUGCUUGACUUGGCCGCGUGUCGGCGACAGGCCAUUCAUCACAGAGUUAAGUGUCAGCAUUAAAUUAUUCCCGCUAUUAUGACAGCAACAUUACUCAUCAGGAUUAGGGCUAGCCAAACAGAGGCUCCUCAGCCGCAGCCAUCUCCUGCUCCCCUAUCGAUCGCUGUUCCCUCCAUUACCAACACAGAGGCUAUCUGCAUGACACCGGCACACUGCGCAUGUUGAUGAUGCUCUUGUCUUCUGGCAGAGAGAGAGAGAGUGAAGGAAGGAGCAAAACACAAGAGAAAAGAGGAGAUAAAGAGAGACUGUACGUAGAGACUCUCCUGAGAGUGAGGCUAUAAUGAAGUGCUGGAUAGGUUUAAUACCAACAACAGAAGGGGCCACUGCCGUAGUCAAGUGCUGUUAAUAUCUCCUCCAUUCCUUAAGCAAAUCAAGUUAUCUGCCACUGCCUGUGUUUCGAUAAGGAGCGGAUGAGGUCCGUUGAGAACAGCUUGAUUUAGAUGUUUAAAGUGAAUAUCCAGAUAGCUCAAACACAUACUCUGUAUGAUCCGAAUCUUCUUGUAUGUCUGCUUGUUUUUUCACCCAGCGGAGCGUGCACUCCCACUGAAAGAGGGAGAUAAAACUGCAGUGGCGUCUGCAUAAAUCCCUCAUUUCUAUGCCCUUGCCUCCAAUGCCUCAAACGUGCCACAAGACAUUACUUAAAUAAUGCCUGAAGGUGCAAACGCCACUGACGGUGUCCCCCUCCGUUCAAUUUGAAACGCAUCAAAUCCCCCCUAAUUCCACAUUUCAGGCUUUUAAAUUGCCCUGUGCUCUGAAACGUAACCAAAGGCUUCAACUUUGUUUCAGGACUUUUUUCCCCUUUUUUAUUUUCUAUUAAUGUCAACUUUGUGUUACUCUGAGAGGGUGAGAUAAGAGAGGGAAUAAGGCCAUUUUCUUUUGGUUGUAAGUGUCCUCUGCACGGUCACACUGCAGCUUUCAGGAAAUGGAAGAGUGGAGAGUUUUCAACGCAGGCCAAUUUUAGGAAGUGAAAGCUGACCUCUUCGGGGACUUCAUCAUGGCAUGUGUCUCUCAAACAGAAGAAUCUCUCUGGACAUUGUUCUCUUAACAGGACAACUGUGGACCACAUAGACAGUACAACAACCUGUCCCAUCUUAGAAACCUCUGUUAAGUCCCCACAACCCGGUCUGACUUCAUGACUCCAAGUAUGUAACUUAACUUAUUGAAAGUUUCUUUGCUUGAAAUCAAAGUGAGUGACUCUGAGCUGCUUAGUUACUUUUCCUUUAACUUGUUCAUUUCUAAGUUACAAAGAAAAGCUCUGACAAAUGUAGCCGUAACACCAGACAAAAAUACAUUUAUACCAUUAUUUAACAUUGUAUUUGUUCUGAACAAAGAGUAACAUCUUCUAUGGUUUCAAAGCUCUCAGGGUUUACUUGGUAGCUGAGUGGUCUUUCAAUCUGAUAUCAAAGAUUUAUGAACAAACAAUAUGAUGGAAAAAAUAUAUAUUUUUUAAAUUAUAUACUAUACAUUAUAUUCUGUGUAAUUAGUUUCUAAAGUUUGUCCACAGCUCCAUAGGGAUUACUGGAGGAGGCGGGAUUUAUGACCUAUACUGCAGCCUGUCACCAGAGGGUGCUGUUCUCGCGGUAGCUUCACCCAACGAAAAGGCAGAGGGCAUCCAUUCUAUAUACAGUCUAUGGGUAUAAUAUGGCUGCAAUGAUAGAAUUUGAGAUGACAGGGCUAAGCAGCAACCUCUGGUCUUGAAAAAUGAAGCGAAUGCAGAAGUGUUAAAAACUGCAGUUCCCAAAAUGUCCAGUCAUGACUGCGGAAGCACUGGGAACCACAUACGCAACAAACUGGGAAAAAAAUGGUUUUAGAGAAAUAAAAAUUAAACAUUUGCAGCCUGGUUCAAAAACGGUCAAAUACAGCUACAAGAUCAGUACAGAUUGGCUUAUACAUCCUCACAUGCUUUACACACAUUAUCUCUCAUUUCUCAGAUGCACAGCUGACUUGACUGGGAGGUGGGCACACUGCCUCUGGAAGCCGGCCCCUAGUAGGCUGACUAAAAGUUAGGUGGAGUUAGCGAGACCAAUAUGGGGAGUGCUGCUGAGAGGCUUUAAAGUCCCACCUCACCAACAAAUGGGUGACAUCAUCAAUAUUGCAUUUAGCCCUCAUACAGUCUAUGAAUAAAUUACAAUAAGAUCAGAUAAAAUACCAUGUAAUAUGAUACAAUAACCUAACAAACCAUGAGUGAUGGUAUAUGUUUAUGUCUGAUUUCAAAAGAUAUGAUAUAAUUGGAUGAGACAUAUUGAAACAUACAUACACACGCAAUGAUACUAUGACGCAGUGGCAGAUAAUACAGUCUAAUACGAUUUGACAUAAUAUGAGGCGAUACAAUAUGACAGGAUACCACAACAAACAGAGAGAUAAGACACAACAUGCAAUGCAAUAUAAUAUGAUAACACACAAACAAACUCACUGGAGGGCUCGGCACUGCACUUUCAAACUGUCACUUUAACAUCUAAGAUAUUUCUGCCUCUGUCUAAUGAUUCUGUCAAACUGCAUCUGUGUGACUGCAGUUUUGAUGUAUCAGUGACCCAAAAAAGCAGACAGCAUUGGGAUGAUGUAACAUAAGCCUGCACGGGUCAAUGUAUUGAGUGAUGUAGAGCUCAUAGUAGAUUGAAAAUCUCUCCAUCAGUGUAUCACAUUUCUGCUUUGAAAAGAUGAAAACAGAGAGACCCGUUAGCAUGUGAAGUUAUGAUUUCAUUACGAAGCAGAAAAAUGCUCAUAAAUGUUUAACUAUGUCAAUGUAUCACUGAAUUAUUAAUAUACAAUUAUAAGGGACUCAAUUUUUUGACAUUGAUUUUCUUCUCCUAACUAGCCCUUCAUUUAAACCUAAUCCAAAAUAGGAGCCAGACACAGCAGCAAUAAAACGUCACUUUUCAAAGUGAAAAAUGUUAUCAAAGAAGUCAGGAGACGCAGAGCCCCCUCAGUCUUUGUUUCCCUUUCUUUAGCUCGUCUUAUCGCUCUAUUACAAAUCUCCCCGCUUGGACCAACGUCAUUUUUCUCCCAUGUAGCUAUCAAAUGCCCCCUCUCCCCCCUCCCCAUGUGUAUCGACCACCCUCUCCUCCUGCAGAUCAAUGCAGGGCCUAUGGAGGCUGGAACAAAAACUGUAAUUACUCACAAAGCUACAAAUUCCUCUGCGAUAACAGCUUAUUUCAUUCAUUACUGCGAGAGGAAAAAAUACACACAUGCACACAUUUUUGUGCACAUAAUGUUAAAAAGUAACAAGUAAUAAUCGUGGAGAACUUUUUUUUACUUGUGAACUUCUCCAAAAAGAGGUGAAAAGAAACUCUUUUUCUUUCAUUUUGACGCCAAUAACACCAAAAUAACUCAAAUCAAGUUUAAACCUGUAACUCCAUAUUCAGCUUGUUAUUUCUCCCCCUCUUUCAUCCCGUCUCUGUCAUCAGUGUGUCCAACAAAAAUCCGUUUUGAACCCCAGCUGGAAAAGAUGAAUUAUUUCCCACCAUGAGAAAUAAGGUGAGCAAUAAAACCUCUCAUGAUACAAAAGGUUGGGAAAGGAUAACAAACAAGUGGGUGAGAUUUGCUGCCUUUCAGCAACCCUCUUAAGUGGUAAUGGGAUAACCCUGGACACGUCAAGAGCCUAUCAAACUGCCCCUCACAUUCGACCCCUGGGUGAGACAGGAAGGGCCUGCUUUGUUUGUAGCAAUUGGGUCCUGUGUGCAGGGCCGUAAUGAAGUGACCUGAAAUAAUGGAAAGCCCUGGGCCCAGCGCAGAUGAUUUUUGCUGGGAUAAGAGCAGGGAUCCUGAUUCGGAGUCACAGUUCAUUUCAUUUUUCGCCUCUGAUGAGAUCUCCUCUGUUAUCUGAUAAAAUUGAACAGCCAUUACCGGCAGGGGCUCAGGCCGGCCAAGCGGUAAAGCGCUGCCGACUGCUCCUAACAGAAAUCCUAUACACUCCACUUUGUCAGCAGUUUUGAAUUCAUCGUCUGCCGGGGGUUUCAGCCCGAUGAUAGGAAUAAUCUCAGCCCAACCAAGAUUGACACUUCAUUUCAGAAAUCAAUAUUUACAAUUUACUUCUUUCAAAGUUCAUUCUGGGAGAAGAUUCCAUAUUAUCCUUUCUAAAUAAGCUGAUCAUAUCUCUCUCUCUUUCCUGAAAUGGCUUCUCCCAAAAUGUGAAUUUUUUGGUUUAGGAAGAAAAAUCAAUGUCGCCAUUGUGGGCUUUAAUCUGCCCUUUGAUGACAGUAAAUCUUUUUUCUUUUUAUAGGCGAACGGCUGUGGGCGGCUGACACCAUUUCCUCCCAGAACAAAGCCCCCUCGCCCCGUGUGGACGCUGGUAGAUACAUGGAGCCCUAAUGUGGCUGGACACGCCACCGACGGGUCAUUAAUCAGACACUGUGACAGCCACUUCUUCCCAAUCCAGCCCCGACUUCAGCCCCUCGACAAGCCCACUCAACUCCUCACCCACAGGAGGCCACGCAGAGAGCACAGAGACAGAGAGAAGAGGAUUGAACAGGAAGACAGGAUAGAGAGGGAUGAGGAGAGAUGCUACAAAGCCGAGGUAUAAAGGGACUCAGGCAUGAUGGGUAGGACUUACAGAUAAAAGAAUUAGAGACGUGUUGGCACUUGAGAUAAACUGUAGUGUAACCCAGAGGAGAAGUGGAUCUGAGGAUGAUCAUAGCUGGAUCAUAAACUGCUGUAGACGACACUUGUAUCCUUUUAAGCUUGCAUCAUACCCAAGGCCCAUUACAGACAUCUGGUAUCGGUCUCUGCUAACAGCACAUGCACCUUUGACCAGCAGCUGAGACCAUCAUGUUGACCCAGUGGAUGCUUUUCAAAAUCUGAACCAAAGCAAAUACAUCCUAACCUUGUCUUUCAUACUUGUUUCUCACUCUUUCUUAGGGUGACCAUAUUCUGAAUCCCCGAAAAGAGGACACAACUACGCAGGGGCGGAGUCACAGAGUCACACGUAGUAAAUUUUGAGAGUUUUUCGGGUCGGGUGGGGUAUUUUUUACGUGCCUCUAACUCAGUAAGUCCACAAGUCACAAACUCAAAACUUCCAUACAAAACCCUGAGCAUUUGAAGGAUUUUACAAACUCCCCCGGACAAAGCCGGACAGGCCAGACAGCCCCCCAAAAAGAGGACAUGUCUGGGUAAAAGAGGAAGUAUGGUCACCCUACUCUUUCUGGUUGUCUGUUGGUCUGCAGUGUCUUUAACCCAAUGACUUCCUCUCCAAUAGUACAGGAAUAAUCACAUUAUUGUCCUGUGAAAAACAUGGGAUCAGUUAGUGUUUUUGACAAAUAUCUGACAGUACCAAGUCCCAAUCUGAUACUUGUGUCCAAGUCCAGCUGCUGUAAAUACCACCUAUAUGUUCUACAUGUUCAGCUUUACGAGCAUGUAGAUCAGUGCUGCUGUGAGGGCAACUUCCAUAAGCUGGUGUGAAAUACUUGAUCCAGCUGAUGGACCAAGGAUGUGAAUAUUGGACUUUGACACAACUCUUUUAAAUUAUUCCUCUCUUUUUUGACCUCAUACUUUUUUCCCCCACAAACCAGAUAAGGAUAUCAUCUGACCUGGAUCACUUUACACUGGAAAGUGGAGGAAAGACCGAGGAGUAGAGUUAGCAUCAGUUACAACAUGGGAAAACACCAGGGCGCUAGAUGUCUGUUGUAGCCCCUUUAAGGUGGAUUGUAGAGUCCAAAGUUAAAGGAUCCAAAAGGCAGCUAAAAUCUGCAUUAUUGUUACCCUCUGCAGGUUUUUAGUGUUUCUUUUAAAUCCAAAGUCUUUUACUGUCUCGCAGCAGCCUUCUUCUUCUGUAGCUUUAGCGAACAUGCUCUGGUCCCCGCAUGCAUGUUUAGUUUUUAGAUACCAAAUCUAAUUGGUUGGAAUGAACACAAAUCUAUAUUGUCAGUGGCUGCUGGAUGUUUUUUUCACUAUCUAGUGUAGUGUAGUCAUUUUAGCCACAGCGCCAUCCACCAAUUCCAUCUGGAUGCAUUUGUGAGACAAAUUUUGUUGCCCCCUCACAAGGACAAGGACUCACAAGAAUCUGCGAAUUCACACGCAAUCCCGCAAUAACAAGUUGUCUCCAUAAAGGUAGUCAUAUAAUAAUUUAAGCAGUAGAUUGUGUCCAUCCAGAGGAGGAAAUCCACUCUGUCCUGACAAUAUUGUACUAAUUUGUUAUUUACCAUCCACUCCCAUCCUGCUAUGGAAUAUUAUUUAUAUCCUUUUUAUAAAUGGAAACGAUCAGCGGAGAUCGGCACUGAUAGCCUUUCUGCCACCUUUCUGCAUGCGAUGGAAAUUUGGGGCAACAGAAUGUUAUGUUUGGUAUUUGUAUCUGCCUUUUGUUCCCAAGAGUUGCCAUAAACUGCAGUAAAGUGGUUAUUGUCGCUGUAAUCUGGCUGGCUAUGCAUACGUGUGUUCAAACUGCUGCCCUAGUUGAGGCUGGAUUUUUAAGUCGCACAGAUGAUUUUAGAGUCAAGCUAAUUUUCAGACAUAUUUCACAUCAGGGGGGCACAGGAGACAAUCAUCUAAUAGGUUUUGCUCAACUGAUCAGAUGAAUAUCUGGAGUGUUAGAAAUUGAGACCAGUUCACUGCACACUGUUGCACUGUAGCCACAAGCUGAUUCCCUGAUUUUAAGGCUUUUUUAUCAUCACCUUGUGGACAACUAAGAUACACAGAGAUACACAAUACAGCCACAAUAUUACGAUCACCUGUGCAACUCAAUACAGUGCAAUCAACUUUUACUUUUACAAAUCUUCUACAUUUACAGUUCUGGGCUGUUUUCAGUCAUGGCCAUCCAUGAGCUGGGCCAAGCUUUUAAGAUAAUCCGAUGUGGAUCAGAGCGGUGGACAUUAACCAUUCAGCACUGAUUAAGAUCUGUGGUACUGUACUGUAUAAAGCUGAACUUCUACAAGCCCAUUACUUUUGCACAACAGUUCAAUGGUCUGCUUCAUGAUGGGACAAAUGCAGUGACAUGUCGCAGAGGAGAGGAAGAACUAGUGGAUCAGCAAACUAUUCUUGGCCUGUAAUGCAGCACUCUUGAAAUAAAGAUCCCACUCAGAC